UAAACACUCACUAAUCAACUAUGAAUAAAAGUAUAUGAAUAAAUUUUCUUGAAGUAUUACUUUGAAGUAUUAAUAGAUAAAUUGUAACGUAACUUUUUUGCUGAAAAUGUUGAGAACAACUUUAUCUGUGUGCAGAAAUGCUGGGAAAGGUAAGUUCAGAUGUAUUUCAACAACAGAGGAAGGUAGUGAGGCAAAGGAAAGUGAGAGAUUGAAGCAAUUCAGGAAAAAACUUCAUGAAACUCCUCCAAUAGGAGCCACUAUAUCAAAAGCUGUGAAAGUAGAAUCUCUGGAGCCAAAAAAGCUCAGAGCUAAAGCACCACUAGAGAGCUUAGAAGAGCAUGAAGAGGGCCAGCAUCCUUACCAAGAAAAAGAACCUCUGGAACCAUUCCCAGACAACAUUAAUCCAGAUACUGGAGAACUAGGUGGACCCAGAGGUCCAGAGCCAACGAGGUAUGGUGACUGGGAGAGAAAGGGUCGCGUAUCUGAUUUUUAAAAAUCCAACUUUAG